AUCCAGUACAUUUUAGUGCAAUCGCAAUGAUGUUGAUUAGGCAACGAAUCGGAUUGAUCUACCGGCUGGCCGUAAACACCAGUGUUCGCACAUGCACGAAGGACACCAAGGGCGGACCCCAUCAUCGUCCGGAGGAAGCAGAAGGGGACACGGAAAAUGACCACCAUCAGCGUAAAAGUUCCGAAACGCGUGUGGCCUUGCGGACGCCGCUUUUCGAACACGUCUCCACCAAGGAUAAGAAGACCUACAUCGAGAUGGUGCGGGUGUUUGAAGGCCGGAGUGUCCACCGGAGGAAUCACGUAGAGUUCAUCUAUGCCGCGCUCAAGCACAUGGAAGAGUUCGGCGUGCACAAGGAUCUGGAAGUGUACAAAUCGUUGAUCAACGUGAUGCCCAAAGGGAAGUUCAUUCCGACGAACAUCUUCCAGGCGGAAUUCAUGCACUACCCAAGGCAGCAGCAGGUCAUCAUCGAUCUGCUGGAGCAGAUGGAGGACAACGGCGUCAUUCCAGACUACGAGAUGGAAUCGAUGUUGGUCAACGUGUUCGGCAAGAAAGGCCAUCCGGUGCGCAAAUACUGGCGCAUGAUGUACUGGAUGCCGAAGUUCAAGAAUUUGUCCCCGUGGCCACUGCCCAAUCCGGUCCCGGACGAUUCCCUAGACCUGGCCAAGAUGGCAGUGGAACGAAUGUGCUCGGUGGACUUGCUGUCGCAAAUCACGCUGUUCGAUACGGAAAACGUUCCGGAUGCGAUAGAUCACACGUGGAUCGUGAGUGGACAAAGUUCGGAACAGCAGGAACUGUUGGCCCGGCAUCAGCAGAAGCCGGUUUUCAUCGAGGGACCGUUCGUGAUAUGGCUGCGGAAUCGAUCGAUCAACUAUUUCCUGCUGAAAAGUGAAUCCAAUCCACCGGCGCCGAAGGACGAGGAGGAUUUGGACGAUGUCCGCAAUAUUAGGAUUCCAUUCGUGGGCAUUGGCAUGAGUCACUCGGAAGCGCCUCCCAAGAACAAGGUAGCCCUACAGCGAUCCAUCCACGAGCAGGACGAUGGAACGAUAUUUGCCAUCUGCUGUACCGGUUCUUCGACGAAGGAUUCCUUGCUGUCCUGGGUUCGAUUGCUGGAGAAACACGGAAACCCCUGCUUAGGCCGCAUGCCAGUGCUGUUCAAGUUCACUUCGCAAGUGGCGGACCGGCUGAAGGUGGCUGCACCGGACGGAGAAACCGAUGGCGAUGGGAAGUCUAAGGAAGCCGAACUGGGGUCUUAGUGGCAGGGGAGCUCUUGUAGAAGCAAUAAAUGCCUGUAAAUACAAAA